AUGAAUUCCCUGACCACUGACCAUACCAGGACAGAGAACAUCACCACCAUCAUCCGACCCCCUUACUUCUACAUCAGUGGAUUCACAGGGAUCUCCAACAUGGAGUAUUACUAUGUCUUCCUCUGUUUUGUAUACAUCAUCUCUCUGGUGGGCAACACCUUUGUCAUGGUCGUCAUCUACAUGGAUGGCUGCCUCCACAGCCCAAAGUACAUCGCUGUGUUCAACCUGGCCUUCACAGAUGUGUGUGAGAGCACAGCCCUGGUUCCCAAGCUUCUGGAUAUGUUCCUGUUCAGUAGACAGUUCAUCUCCUACGACCAAUGCCUCUCCAACCUAUUCUUUGUCUUCAUCUUCCUCACCAUGCAGUCCUUCAACCUCACCAUCCUUUCCUAUGACAGACUGGUGGCCAUCUGCUUUCCACUCAGGUACCACAUGCUGGUGACUCACAGGUCCAUGUAUCAGCUGACAGGUUCUGCCUGGGUUUUGGCCUUAUUGAUGGUUCUGAUCUCUGUGGGCCUCAUCACACGCCUCUCCUUCUGUAGGUCUGUGGUGAUCAACAGCUACUUCUGUGACCACGGCCCCCUGUUCCGCCUGGCUGCCCCCUGUUCUGAUGUGCUCCCAAACCUUGUGAUGUCAUACCUCAACCCCUUUUUAGUCCUCUAUACUCCCAUGGUCUUCAUUGUAGUGUCUUACGUCUGUAUAACUCAUUCCCUCUUCACCAUCACACUUCCCCAGGACAGACAAAGAGCCAUAAAGACAUGCACCUCACACCUCAUACUAGUGGCCAUAUUCUACCUGCCCAUUAACAUCACCUACCUUCUAUUUUCCUUCAUGCCAACUAACAUGAGGAUCAUCAACCUCUCCCUGACCUCUGUGCUGCCUCCCAUGCUCAACCCCAUCAUAUAUGUUCUGAAGACGGAGGAGUUCAAGGUGUCAGCCAAGAAGCUCCUCAAAAGAGUAGCCCAGAGAGAUGUGGGUCCAGUCAUAAAAACAUAA